AUGUUGGUAUUUAUAUAUCUUGAUAAUCGAUUACGUCCACUUUUCAAUCGUGUUGCACGACAAACAACUUAUAUCAGUAGUACAGAUUUUGUACAACAACUAGAAAAACAUCAAAUACAAGGUCAUCUAUUGCCAACCACAAACUUUAUUACAGCUGAUAUAAAAAAUCUUUAUACUAUGAUACCAAGAGGUGGCGCAUUGAAUGCACUACAUCGAUUUUGUGUCAAACAUAGUAAAGAAUAUGAAAUGGCCAAUUUAAAUGUGAAUACGAUUAUUCGUUUAGCAUGUCUUGUCUUAGAAAACAAUUGUUUUGUUUUUGAUAAUAAAUAUUAUAAACAAAUUCGUGGUGGUGCAAUGGGACCACCCUUUACAAUGGCAUUAGCUAAUAUCUACAUGUAUGAAUGGGAACAAUCAUUGAUUCAAUAUCAACAGGCAAGAAAUGAACUCUAUGGCAGAUAUAUUGAUGAUAUUUUUAUGACUUCAAAUGAAUCUAUUGAAAAGAUUCAAGAAUUACUUGAAAAGGAAGAUAAAAAAGAUCCAAAUAUCCGAAUCAAUUAUGCCAUUCAACAAUCUGUCGAACUUCUUGAUGUUUUUAUUGAAAAUAUUCAAGGAAAAUUGAAAACAUCUGUUUUUCGUAAACCAGCUGCUGAACCCUACAUACUUCCAUAUACAUCUGAUCAUCCGCGUCACAUUCAUUCAAAUACAAUUUAUACAGCAUUACUUCGUGCAAUUCGUCUAUGUUCGGAUGUAGAUACAUUUAAUCAAGAACGAUUAAACAUUGAAAUAGUCUUACUUCUAAAUGGGCAUCCACCAAAAUUUAUUAAACAUCAUUUUCAACAAUUCUUUAAAAAAAAUAAUGUUACAUCUAUCUACAAAGAUUUACAUGAAGAAACAUAUCAACAAUUUCAUAAGAAAUUACUUAAUGAAUGUCAGGUCAAGGAUCCUUCAUCGGAGCAACAACAACCACAACAGCAGCAGUCCAACAAGAAGAAAACUGAUCAAAAAGACACUGGAAAACCAGUGAAAAAAGAACGACAACUCAUUCAUUGUACAUAUGAGAGUGGACCAUUAAAAACAUUCAAUCGUGAUUUUCGGACAAUCUGGAAAAAACACUUCUGUUACACUAAUUCAACAUUAAGCAAUGUUCAUGUUAUACUUGGAACACGAACUAAUAAAACAUUAGAUCAGUUAUUAGUAGAGAAGAAACCAUCUCGAACUUUACUGACGCUUAAAGACGAUAUGCCUCAAUCGACAACAACAUGGAUUACAAAAUAA